AUGUCGGACAUCGUCAAGCACGUCGACACCCCGCUCGCCGACAUUGACGAGGCGUACGAUCGCCUCCAGGCCACGUUCGCGAGCCACAAGACGCUCUCGCUCGCGUUCCGUACCUACAACCUCAAGCAGCUUGCGUAUCUCAUGCAGGACAAUGUUGAGCGCUUCCAGACUGCCCUCGCGUCCGACCUUCAGAAGAAGCCGUUCGACGUCGAACUUUCGGAAGUCUGGCCCGCACUGGGUGACAUCGAUCUUGCAAUUAAGCGUCUUCCUGAGUGGAUGGCCGACGAGAGCAAGUCGAAGGACGCGACUGGUUCCUUCAAGCUUGCUCGGCCUCGUGUCGUCAAGCAGCCCAAGGGCGUCUCACUGAUCAUCGGAGCUUGGAACUUCCCCGUGCUUCUCUGCAUCUGCCCACUGAUCGCUGCCAUUUCAGCCGGCUGUCCUGCCAUCAUCAAGGGAUCAGAGCACGCCCCAGCUGCAUCCGCCCUCCUCGCAGAGCUCAUCCCGAAGUACCUUGACCCUAAUGCCUACGCAUUUGUUACCGGCGGCCCGGAGCAGGCUACUGCCCUCCUCCAGAAGCGCUGGGGCCACAUCCUGUACACGGGCUCGGGUCAGGUCGGCAAGAUCGUCGCCACGGCCGCUGCGCAGACCCUCACUUCAACCACUCUCGAGCUCGGCGGCAAGAGCCCAGUUGUUGUCUCUGCGGACGCCGACAUUGGCAUCACCGCGCGCCGUAUGCUCAGCAUGAAGCAGCUGAAUGCCGGCCAGGUGUGCGUUUCACCCGAUUAUGUUCUCUGCGCCAAGGAGCGCGUUGACGAGCUGAUCUCGACCAUGAAGGCCACUCUUGACGAGUUCUACCCCGCCGGUAGCGCGCGCUCGCUCGUUGGUGACAGCUUCGAGUUCGCGUCUGGAAUCCGCAACGCGCGCGACUACGAGCGCCUCACGAAGAUUGUGGAGCAGGCCGAUGAGGAGGGCAAGCUCGUCUACCGCGGUGAGACGGACGUGUCGCGCAACCGCAUGGGCAUCAACCUCGUGCGCCUCAACCUCAACGGCGAGGGCGAGACCAGCACCCUUGUCACCGACGAGAUUUUCGGCCCCAUCAUCCCCAUCAUUCCCGUUGAUGACGUUGACGCCGCUAUCCGGUACAUUAACGCGCGCCCGACUCCACUCUCGCUCUACGUCUGCUCCAGCAGCCGCAAGGUCUUCCUCAAGGUCAUCGAGAACACGAUCUCUGGCUCUGCCAUCUGGAACGACUUCUGCCUGUCGCCUGUCGCACGCACUCUGCCCUUCGGCGGUGUCGGCGAGUCUGGCUGGGGCAGCUACCACGGCUACUACGGCUUCCUCGCCUUCUCGCACCAGAAGGGUGACUUUGCAAUUGCAUAA